CGCGGGAGCUGAAAACCCGGCGCGGCGCCCGGGGAGCAGGCUCGGGCGCGCGCCGCGGACCCGAUCUCCCAGCGCGAGGCCGGAGCGCCGUCCGCGGGCAUCGGAGCGCGCGCCCGGCUCCUCCGGCCCCAUGGCCCCCGAGACCCCGGCCCCGCGGCCGGCGCCGCGCUACUUCACGUGGGACGAGGUGGCGCAGCGCUGCGGGCGCGGCCAGGAGCGGUGGCUGGUGAUCGAGCGGAAGGUGUACAACGUCAGCGAGUUCACCCGCCGGCACCCCGGCGGCUCCCGGGUCAUGAGCCACUACGCCGGGCAGGAUGCGACGGACCCCUUUGUGGCAUUCCACAUCAACAAGGGCCUCGUGAGGAAGUACAUGAACUCGCUCCUGAUUGGGGAGCUGUCUCCGGAGCAGCCCAGCUUCGAGCCCACGAAGAAUAAAGAGCUGACCGAGGAGUUCCGGGAGCUGCGGGCCGCCGUGGAGCGGAUGGGGCUCAUGAAGGCCAACCACGCCUUCUUCCUGCUGCACCUGCUGCACAUCCUGCUGCUGGACGCGGCCGCCUGGCUCACGCUGUGGGCCUUCGGGACGUCCCUUGUGCCCUUCGUCCUCUGUGCGGUGCUGCUCAGCGCGGUGCAGGCCCAGGCCGGCUGGCUGCAGCACGACUUUGGGCACCUGUCUGUCUUCAGCACCUCUACGUGGAACCACCUGCUCCAUCAUUUCGUGGUGGGCCACCUGAAGGGGGCCCCCGCCAGCUGGUGGAACCACUUGCACUUCCAGCACCACGCCAAGCCCAACUGCUUCCGCAAAGACCCAGACAUCAACAUGCACCCCUUCUUCUUUGCCCUGGGGAAGAUCCUCUCCGUGGAGCUUGGGAAACAGAAGAAAAAGUACAUGCCAUACAACCACCAGCACAAAUACUUCUUCCUGAUUGGGCCCCCAGCCCUGCUGCCUCUCUACUUCCAGUGGUACAUCUUCUACUUCGUCAUCCAGCGGAAGAAGUGGGUGGACCUGGCCUGGAUGAUCACCUUCUACGUCCGCAUCGCCCUCACCUACACGCCCCUGCUGGGGGUGAAGGGCCUCCUGGGCCUGUUCUUCAUGGUCAGGUUCCUGGAGAGCAACUGGUUUGUGUGGGUGACGCAGAUGAACCAUAUCCCCAUGCACAUUGACUACGACCAGAACAAGGACUGGGUCUCCACCCAGCUCCAGGCGACGUGCAAUGUGCACGAGUCGGCCUUCAAUGACUGGUUCAGCGGGCACCUCAACUUCCAGAUCGAACACCACCUCUUUCCCACGAUGCCGCGACACAAUUACCACAAAGUGGCCCCCCUGGUGCGCUCCCUGUGCGCCAAGCACGGCAUCGAGUACCAGUCCAAGCCCCUGCUCACGGCCUUCGCAGACAUUGUGCACUCACUGAAGGAGUCAGGGCAACUCUGGCUAGAUGCCUAUCUUCACCAAUAACGGCAGCCCCCUCCUGGGAGAGGAACCUCCGGAGCCAAAGCAGAAGGAAGCCCCAGGGAGCGCCACUACAAUCCUAACAGCCAGCGGGGGUGGGUUUGAGAUCAAGGCUCUGGCUCAAACCCCUCCCCUCUCCCUUCUGGGCAGAUUUAGGACCCAAAGAGGGAGGGGAACAUGCAAGCCCCUGGAGGAGGAUGGAGCUGAAGGGCAGGGUGUGAAUUCAUUUUUUCUAGUGUCUGAUGUUGGGGGUUGGUGAGCAAAAGAGGGAGUGGCGAAGGUGUGAGAAUAGGGAGGACCCAACAGAGCCCGGAAAUCAGGCGGUUUAGCAAUGAAAUCCCACCAGGAAAGGGGCGAGCUCAUCUGACUGGUGUACUGCACCCUCGUGUGCAAACCUCAGGUUCGGAGGGUGGAGGGAGGUGGAGCAGGGUUGGAAAGGAAGCAUCGUGCUGAGAACUCUGGGGCCAGCCUCAUGCAGCGCUGGGGGCUCCACUCGCUUUAGGGCCGAGAAGCCCGUGACCCCCACGGGCCUCGGUUCCUGGAGAAGCGAUUUCUCCACUUUCAGAAGCACACGGGGCAAAGGCCGGGCUGUGGUGUGGGAGGCCUCUGGCCCCGAAGGAUCCUGCCUCUACUGAUGUUGGUCCAUGUUCCAUCCAGAGUCCCAAGGGAGCCUCAGGUCCUAGGUCCUACCAAAAUGCCAGCGGAGAGUUCCUGGCAUUAAAACUUCCUUCAGCUGUCCACCUCUUCUCACCAGCACCCAAGGAGUGAGACAUUCCUCGGACAGGGAGUCCACUUCUUGCUCCACAAGCAAAUGAGCAGACGGGGCAACUUGCUCUCCUCCUCAGAGACAAAUGGGGCCCGAGGGAUUAUCUGCUUCCCCGACCUGUGACGCCAAGCCUAAUACUUGAGCACAAGUUUCCGAGUGGGGAGACGCCAGUCAGGAGGGAGACACAGGGCUGACCAUAAAGGCAAGAAAUGUCCUUAACGCAGGUUUUGUACAGUGUUACCUCUGAGCAGGAGCAGCAGGGUUCAAAGUCAUCGCUUCCUAGUUCUAAACCAGAAAUAGGAAGUAAACAGAAGUCCGUGGUCAUGGGACCAUCUGGUGCUGCCAUUAGGCGUCUUGCUGUCAAUUCUGUUCUAGGAUCUCUCUCUGCCGGAGACCAGGUAGGGAUUUAGAUGAUCUUAGUUCAGUACUGAGAUGCCAUUUUUAAAAUCUGCUUUUUAAAAAAGGAAGUUUAACCCAUCUCCAGAGAGCAAACAGGAGUGUGCCUGAGGAGUCUCGCUAACUGCAGAACUUGGCAUCAGCAUUCACACCCUCCACUCCCCGCACCCUCACCAUUCAGUCCGCAGCACCCACCCCAGGCAGAUUGAGCCUUGGGGGUCCUGGGAGGAGGGAAGCUCACACUGGGAGGAAAGCAGAGCCCUGGGAGAGCUGGCUUUUAGCUUGGGGUGAUGACGGUCCUAUGGCAUGUUGGGACUAGAGGCACCGCCUGUGGAUUACUUAGAGGCCUGUCAAAACAAGGAGAAAUGUAAAAAACAGGUUGGGAGGAACAGGUAACAGGAGUUCAGAGCUUUUUCACUGGGGCAGAACCUGGUUUAAAUUACACGCACAAUUGAAGCGUUGGCUUCCUCACUCCACAAUAGGUGCUGAUCCCCACCGCUCGGCUCCCCUCUACCUGAGGUUUGGGUGUGGUAUCACAGGCCUGCCAAGCUGUCUGGCUUUGGGCCCGGGCUGAGCAAACCCAGCGUAGCUCACUGAGCCAAGUCCAGAUCCUCAAAGCACCUCAGAUGUGUGGCCUUCUCCUUAGCCCAGGCCAGUGUGGUCUCACGUGGCCCAUAAGGGCCACACCGCUGAUUACAGUGGUAACAGGAGCGAUCUCCAAUCCGAGGACAGCCCAGGAAACAGGCUUAGAACACAUCGCCUCCGGUCACAGAUUCUGAAAAAGUCCCAGUGUCUGCGUGUGUGUUACUUUCACCUUCCUCCCACCUGGCCAGAGGCUUUUCCUCUCACCGGCCCAGCAGCACUAUCCUGUUUGUACAUGCGAACUGUUCCCACAGCCUGGAGGGACGCUGAAAAAUAAAGCGGAUUUUCACCAAA